AUGCAGAGUAUAACCGAGGAGUGUCUGCUCAAAGAACUGCUCAGCGACCCACUGUUAACAAAUUAUGGCGUUAUCGUUAUGACCGAUGCCCUGAAGCGGUCUGUUCUAACGGACACAAUACUGGCAAUUCUGAAGAAAAUCAUUAGAAAACGUUCAACGUUAAAAUUAAUUCUGGUAUCAAUGUCCAAAGAGGCAAAUUUCUUCAAGGAAUACUUUAAUGCCGUGAAAGACAAAAACCGCAAGGAUAUAAGGAGUGUCAUUGUCUCCAUUGAGGAGGAACAACAAAAUAAAGGUGUGGUGCAGGAUAUUUUAUAUCUGAAAGAACCCUGUGCGGAUUAUGUACAGAAAACCAUUCAAACGAUUCUCAGUAUACACACCCAACGGCCACUGGAUGGUGAUGUCAUUGCCUAUAUGGCUAGCGAAGAGGAUAUUACCAGUGCCAUGACCCUGCUGAGGGAUAGCGAAAAUACCAACAAUUUGAAUUACUUUAAAUUGUCACACAUGCGAAACGAAAGGGAAACCGUUUUCUUCCCCACGACCAAGGGAAAACGAAAUGUGGUCUUUACUGUGGAAUUGUAUCAGAAUUCUGUGUCACAAGAUCGCAUCUAUUAUGUUAUUGACUGUGGUUUUAUGCAAUUGAAGUGGUACGAAUCAUCCGAAAACCGUAACCAUUGCCUAACUGUACCGGUGUGUAAGCACACAGCCACAUUACGUAGCAACUGGAAGAGUAAACAUAGGAUGGCGAAAAUAUUUCGACUCUAUACCAAGGAAGAUUUUCAGACACUGGCCGAGAGAAGCGUUGUAGAGAUGCGUAGAACUGAGCUAAGCUCCAUUAUUUUGUAUUUAAAGGCGUUGGCCGUCAAUAAUAUACUUCGAUUUGAUUUUCCAUCAGCACCACCGGCCAAAAAUGUUCUAUCCACGCUGGAGAGUCUGUUUGCUUUAGGUGGCCUUGACGAUCAGGGACAGUUAACAGACCCACUUGGUUAUUUCAUGUCCGAAUCCCCUCUUUCGCCAGAAUUAAGUCGUUGUCUAUUCAAUUCCUCGGAAAUGUUGUGUUCCGAGGAAAUUGUAAGCAUCGUUUGUAUGCUGCAAAUUGAGCCGAUAUUUAUUAUGACCACCAAUAACAUUGCCGACCGUCAUAAACAGAUUGCCAAACGGAAAUUUGAAGCAGCAGAGGGAGAUCUAAUAACACUUUUGAAUAUUUACAAUGCCUUUGUCGAAAAUAUGCUGAGCAGAGACUUUUGCCGCAAAUACUAUUUGAACUACAGCAGUCUGAUGCGUGUUCAUAGACUGCGCGAACUCGUCAUAGCUUCGCUGUUUAAUAAAUACAACAUACGCCUAACUGCAUCUAAAUCGGUUGAGCAAAUUUUACGCUGUAUCGCAUCGGGUCUGUUUAUGAAAGUGGCCUAUUUACAUCCAUCGGGGGCAUAUAGAACCUUACGAUGUGCUUCCGAAGUCUAUGUCGAUCGUGAAUCGUCUAUUUUUUCCAUUGCUCAGCCGAAAUAUGUUGUCUAUAUGGAAUUGUAUGAAAGAUCGAAAAUAUUUAUGCGUAACAUAAGCGUAAUUAAGGAGGGAUGGUUGGAUGAACUUGCCCCACAUUAUUAUAAAAAAUUCAAUAAAUAA